GACUCCCUGAGACGAUGUGUGGCCGCCAUUCCUGAAGAGCAUGCUUGGCGUUCGUGUGUUCGUGGCACUUGCGUUGCUGGUGGCUUGCAUCGUGUCGGCUCAUGGUGGCCGCAAGCACGGAUCCCGUUUGGAGGAAUUCGAAGUGGACGCGUUGGGAAACCUGCCUGGUGUAUCCGCCGAUACGUUGCGCGAAUUCAAAAAGUUCCAAUGGCACAAUUCCCGCGCUAACCGCCCCCAGGUGUUGCCUCGCAAGCCUGCCCCGACGUUCAAGAACGUGAAUGCUGUCGUGAACGAAAAGUUCACCAAGAUCUCACUUGACGACUACAAGGGCAAAUGGCUCGUGAUUUUCUUCUACCCGUUCGAUUUCACAUUUGUCUGCCCCACGGAAAUCGUGAGCUUCAGCGAUUCCGUGGACCAAUUCCAAGCCAUCAAUACCGAGGUGAUCGCUGUCUCGACGGACUCCCACCACACGCAUUUGGCAUGGAUCAAAACCCCCCGCGACAAGGGCGGCUUGGGCUCGAUGAACAUCCCCAUCGUUGCGGAUGUGAGCAAGCGUAUCUCAGCCGACUAUGGCGUUCUUGUGACCGACGAAGACGACGACAUGUUUGGCGCGGCCCUGCGCGGUCUCUUCAUCAUCGACCCCCAGGGCGUGAUCCGAUCCAUCCAGAUCAACGAUGACCAAGUCGGCCGCAGUGUCCCUGAAACGCUUCGCAUUCUCAAGGCGUUCCAGUACGCCACGGCGCACCCCGGUGAGGUGUGCCCUGCCAACUGGAAGCCCGGUCACAAGACCAUCAAGGCCGACCAAGAAGCCAAAUACGACUUCUUCGACGCUACCUACGGCAAGCACUAACGGAAUUCCACGAGUGUCGACGGCACUCUGUGGAAUUCAAUUGCAUCCAGUGUUGUUGGCGAAAGAAAGCGCCGAGUUGUUUGUUUGGCCCGAUGCUCUGCAGAUAAAUGCAGUGUACGCCUGGCGACAAUCCCAAACGAAGCCAAUUCAAGUCAUAUACGAUGCGGAA